GACCCGGACUGCAGCAUGGGUGUCCUGGAGGCUAGACUGCUAUGCCACCAACAUUUACAGCAUCUUUGGGGAGUUACCCCACCACAGACUGCAGCUAAACAGGGGCAGUAUGUUGAGGUUGCAGUUGGUCAUACAGGGAAGAAGAGAACUAGAGACAUGGAGCCUGCAGAAUCUGUUGCAGAAUCUGUACUCACAGAUAACGUUUAUUUGGCGUCUAAAACAUAUGAUCUGUCCCAUGCUGUAAACAAGUCAGAACGUCCAAGUACAUGUCCAGCCGAAGGGGCUGUUGUAAACAGGCUGGGCAUGGAGAAAGACCGUUGCAAACAAUGCACGGAUUCGCUUUUGGAGGAAAGCUCUGUAGGACACCCAACCAAGUGUAUUGCCGUGCAGACAGAUUUUGGUAAACACGAUGCAGAAACAAUUACAGAUGAGGACACAGAGCAGAUUUUGAAGCAGCUUGUUGAAUGCAGGGAACAACUGAAGGACAGUUAUCAGGAGGUGCUGGACAGACAAACCCAGGCAGAGAAACAGCUGCAGGUUCAAAUAAAACGGCUAAGACAGCAGAAGGAAGAAGAAAUACAGAAGCACAAGGGACAUCUGAAGUCUAUUCAAGACAUGACCACUAAGAAAGAAGAGACUAGGAAAAGAAUAGAAAAAGAGCGGAAGGAACAUUCCCACAAGGAGCAGGACCUGAGCACUGAAUUGGGGAAGUUGCAGAGCAAGAGUGAGAGCCUUCAACAGGAGCUCAAGGAAUUGGAAAAGGAAAUCGAGGGACUACUUGAUGAGCAGAAUAUAGAGAGGCAGGAGUGGAAUGCUGACCUCACCUUCCUGAAGAAGAAAGAAAGUGAGGUAACACAGAGUGUGCUGGAGGAGCUUGAGCGAGCAAAGACAGCUGAGGUUCUGUCCCUGGAGAGCCGGAGAGAUCUGUUAUUUAUAUCAUUAGAAGAGGCAGAGAAAGAGGCUCAAGUGACCCUGUCAUAUCUCAGGGUGGCUCCAGCCAACUUGGAGUGGAUGCAGCUAAAACAGAGGUGGGAGGCCAGGCUGGCUGGGAUACUGCAACUUAAAGCAAACCUUCGGGAACAGAUUGACAACCACAUUAAGCAGGUCAAAAAUGGAAUCAAGUUGAGUAACCUUCCAUCAAUAUUGGCUCCAAAUCUGCCGCCGCCUCCUUCUGAUCCCAACCUCAUGUUGCAGAAAAUUGCAUUGGCGCCUUUACAGAUGCUCAGCCAGCAAACGCCAUUAGCAGCAGCAAUGCCACACAAAGACUUUGUACCUCAGGGGACUCUGGCUACAGCUUCUUUUCCACACCAAUUUUCCCCACCGUUGCCAUUUACUUCAGGAACAUUCCCUGGUCCUUUGCCCUCCGCUCCAAGACUACACAGUACAUCUCACCAUCAAGGUAAUGCUGAUGUUCCGGGUCCACCAAGUACAGACAGAUCAAGCAAAAUCCUGGAAACGCUGCAAGGCAGAUUCCCACAAUGCAGCAAAGGACACCUAACGGACAUUCUGCUUCAGAUCAAGAUGAAACGCGGAACGCUGUCUGGCCUCACAGUGGAAGAACUGUGCCAGCUAGUUGCCACAAAGAUUCAGGAACAAGCCUCAAAUCCAGUUAACAAAGUGACGCAGCCCAUUGGCCACGGGAGACCUCAGUAUCAAACCACACAAAGAACCUCUUCAUUCCUGCCCUCAGCUCAUGGAGCAUAUUCAGCUCGACCCCAGUUGUGCCUUAGGUGUCAGCAAAUUGUACAGCCCCUUGAUCUGCAGCCCAUGUCUUGCAAUCAUGUCAUGCACCGAGAGUGUAUUAAAUUUUGGGCGAUAGCCAACCAAAGCAACUCCUGUCCCUACUGCCCAAACCAACGAUAAUACAUAACUGCGAAGGACAUAGGGGCCUGGAUUUGUCUGUCCCUGUUCCCACAGUAUUAAAGUGUGUUUGUACACAAAUCUCAAACACUUUAGGCUCACCUAUACAAUAAAUCUGAAGAUUGUA